AAGUUUAUAAAUGGAAAGGGGGAGAGAGAGAAAGGAUCCUCACGAAGAACCCAAACUCAUUAUAUUGGACAUUAUUGCAACUUAAGAGAUUCCUUUCGCAUCAGAUUCUGAAGUUACUGCGAAAUAAGCAAUCUCACCCAUUCAAUUUCACCCUAGUACGCAGAAUAAGUUUGGCUUAGUUUGGCCCCCACCGUUCUAAUGCCCUGUCCUCUACAAUCCCACAUAGUAUAAGUUGGACUCGCGUUUCUCUCCAAGUCUGUCACGGUGAGCUCGACUACUACUGCAGAAACCAACCUCUCCCAUAGCCGGCAGUUCUGCAAGAAAUCAGAGAACCCGGGCACUGGUCACACCUUGAGUCCUUGACUGCAAAAACCUUUUUUAGUACAUCCAGUUGGAAACAAAUAAAGAAGGUUUGAUGAGGCUGACGCUCUAGUCCACCAAGGUCUAACUAAUCACCACUUCUCAUCCUUGCCAGCCUCCUGUCCCUCUCAACCUUGAUCGGGCUCUCUCUCUCUGCGAGUAAUUCAACAAACACAUUGUGGGCUAUAGUCUAAACAGAGCAGAGAGCAGUCAUAGGAAGAAAAGUAAAGAUGUUCACAACAAACCCACGGACUAUCUCCUUUUCUCCUUCCAUUUCCAAAGCCCUCAAAAUCCCAAACCCUAAAACUCUCCCCUUCCAACACACUCUCCUCACCCGAACUAGAAACCAACCCGCCUCUCAACUUCUUACUGUUCCACUCAUCAAAUCAUCACUUUCAACUACAGAACCAACAACCACGCCAACAUCCACUACUUCACUUACAUCUCAAACCCCAGCUCACAUCCGAGUUGAUAUCCUCUCAGAAUCCCUUCCAUUCAUUCAAAAAUUUAGAGGCAAAACCAUUGUUGUCAAAUAUGGAGGCGCAGCAAUGAAAUCCCAAACCCUUCAAGCCUCAGUCAUCAAUGAUCUUGUCCUUCUCUCCUGUGUCGGCCUCCGCCCCGUCUUUGUCCAUGGCGGAGGCCCUGAAAUCAACUCCUGGCUCGGCAAACUCGGCCUCCAACCUAAUUUCCUUAAUGGCCUCCGAGUCACUGACUCGUCCACUAUGGAAAUUGUUGAAAUGGUCCUUGUGGGAAAAGUCAAUAAGCACUUAGUUUCCCUCAUCAACAAGGCUGGCGCCACCGCUGUUGGCCUAUCGGGCAAAGACGGCCGCCUUUUGAUGGCUCGACCAAAUGCCAAAUCUGCCGAGCUCGGCUUUGUUGGUGAUAUUGCCCGGGUGGACCCCUCCAUCCUCCGGCCACUUAUUGCCAAUGAUCACAUCCCCGUUAUUGCCUCCGUUGCUGCCGACGAUGAUGGACAGGCAUAUAACAUUAAUGCUGACACGGUGGCUGGGGAAUUGGCAGCAGCACUAGGGGCAGAGAAGCUGAUUCUGUUGACUGAUGUUGCCGGAAUUUUGGAAGAUAAGGAGAAUCCGAAGAGUUUGGUGAAGGAGAUUGAUAUCAAAGGAGUGAGGAAGAUGGUGGAAGAGGGGAAGAUUGCUGGUGGGAUGAUUCCAAAGGUGAACUGUUGUGUUCGGUCGCUGGCACAGGGAGUCAAGACAGCGAGUAUCAUUGAUGGUAGAAAACCACAUUCACUGCUUCUUGAGAUCCUAACUGAUGAAGGAGCUGGAACGAUGAUCACCGGGUAAUGGGAGGGCCGCUAAUCAAAUGGUGACAGAGAAGUGCAAGUGUAAUGAGGUCGUAGUGAUGUUUGUAUUCGUAUCUCUUCCUUUUUUGGGUGGAAAAUAAUGUUAUGUCAACUUGCUAUUAAAGGAGUGUCUGCCUGUUUGUCCUGCCUUUCAAAUCAAAUCUUUUUUGGUUUUUUUUUCUUUUCUUGGGAAAUAACUUCAAUAUUAUAUUGUUUUCAA